GUGACGGGAUUAACACAACAUGCACAACAAACACCCUCAGGCAGCAGCACAACCAGGAGCUAUGGACUUCAGCGGCACCUGGAAAGUUUAUACUGAGGAAAAUCUGGAGGAGUUCCUGAAGAUAAUUGGUGCACCUCAGAUGGUCGUGAAGAUGCGCAAGGAGAUCAAACCGGUGAUAGUGAUCGAGCAGAAAGGCAAAGAUUUCACCUACACCAUGAAAACUCCCGUCUGCACCAAAGUUCACUCGUUCAGCCUCGGACAGGAGUCAGAGAUGGAGUCUUUGGACGGCAGGAAGUUCAAGUGCACCGUCCGAGAGGAGAAGGGGAAGCUGAUCGCUGAGACGGCUAAAUUCACGUCUGUCCGAGAGAUCCAGGGAGAGGACAUGGUCGAGACGGUCACUUCUGGAUCAGUGACUUUCAUCAGCAGAAGCAGACGAGUUUGAUCGGCAGCUGUCACUCAUCCAUGGACCUCGGACCCUCUCAGCCUCCAGCCAGGGGCCCUCUAGAACUCAGGAAUGAGGCUUAAUACAUUUGAAAUCAUUGAAUAAAGUUCAAUAAUAAC